AUGCAAGAAAUGGAAGAUGUAUCUCCGCUGGGAAGAAUUGUCCGACAAGUGGGAUGCAAGAAGAACGAGGACUUCAAGGUGUGCAGUUCACUAUGUGAACCGAACUGUGAACCAGAGAACAAACCUUGUCCAAGGGGUUGCGGAGCGCCGAAAUGUCAGUGUCGUCCGGGAUUCGUUCGAAACGGCGAGAAAUGCACAAAACCCAAGAAAUGUCCAGCUGGUCCUCCGGGUAAUUGCGGUGUGAAUGAGCAGUUUGCAAAAUGCAGUUCCACGUGUGAACCAACCUGUAAAUCGCCACCCAACCAACCGUGCGCA